AUGGGAGUUAACAUGUCCAACACACCACCUCACACCAAAGACUUGUUUUCCUCUCCAGCUCUCUCUCUUAGCCUAGCUGGGAUUUUCCGGCAUGCGGAGGAGGCGGCGGCGACGUCCCGCAUGGUGGUGGCCGGGCAUGAGGUCCGGCGAGAGGAUACUGUUGAGAUUAGCAGUGACAACUCAGGACCUGUGAGAUCCAGGUCAGAAGAGGAUUUUGAUGGAGAAGGUGUUCAUGAGGAUGACGAUGAUGAGAACAACGAUGAUGGUGAUAAGAAUAAGAAGAAGAAGAGGAAGUAUCACAGACACACCGUUGAACAGAUCAGAGAAAUGGAAGCGCUUUUCAAGGAAUCACCGCAUCCUGAUGAAAAGCAGAGGCAACAACUCAGCAAGCAACUUGGCCUUGCUCCAAGGCAAGUCAAAUUUUGGUUCCAAAAUCGUCGAACCCAAAUCAAGACAAUACAAGAGCGCCAUGAAAACUCACUGUUGAAGACAGAAUUAGACAAACUGAGGGAGGAAAAUAAGGUCAUGCGGGAGACCAUCAACAAAUCUUGUUGCCCCAAUUGUGGCAUGGUAACGGCUACCAUAGAUGCUUCCAUGUCCACUGAAGAAAAACAACUUCUUAUUGAAAAUACCAAACUCAAAGCUGAGGUAGAGAAACUCCGAGCAGCUUUGGGAAAAUGUUCACCAACAUCUCCUACAUCUUGUGCUGGUCAUGGUCAUGAUGAGGAAGAGAAUAGAAGCUCUUUCGACUUUUACAAUGGAAUUUUCGGGCUCGAGAAAUCAAGGUUAGUGGAAAUAGUGAACCGGGCAACGGAGGAACUCAUAAAGAUGGCAAACAUGGGGGAACCAUUAUGGGUUCGUAGCGUUGAAGCAGGUCGUGAAAUACUUAACUAUGAUGAAUAUGUGAAGGAGUUCGCAGUUGAAAAUUUGUGCGGUGAUAGGCCAAAGGCAUUCAUCGAAGCCUCAAGAGACACCGAGGUUGUUUUUAUGGAUCUCCCUCAGCUGCUCCAAACCUUUCUAGAUGUGAAUCAUUGGAAGGAAAUGUUUCCGUGCUUGAUAUCAAAGGCUGCAACUGUUGAUGUUAUAUGCAAUGGAGAAGGUUCCAACAGGAAUGGUGCAGUGCAAUUGAUGUUUGCUGAGCUGCAAAUGCUUACUCCAAUGGUGCCCACCAGAGAAGUGUAUUUUGUGAGGUGCUGCAAACAGUUGAGUGAUGAACAGUGGGCAAUAAUUGAUGUAUCUAUAGACAAAGUAGAAGACAACAUUGACGCAUCCCUCGUGAAAUGUAGAAAACGACCAUCUGGUUGUAUUAUUGAGGAUAAAUCAAAUGGCCAUUGCAAGGUGAUAUGGGUGGAGCACUUGGAGUGCAAGAGGAGCACAAUCCAUACAUUGUAUCGAAACAUUGUCAACAGCGGCCUAGCUUUUGGGGCAAGGCAUUGGAUAACCACAUUACAAAUUCAAUGUGAACGACUAGUUUUUAACAUGGCAACAAAUGUUCCUACGAAGGAUUCAAGUGGUGUUGCAACAUUGGCUGGGAGGAAAAGCAUUUUGAAGUUGGCACAAAGAAUGACAUCGACUUUUUGCCAUGCAGCUGGCGCGUCAAGUUUCCAUACAUGGACCAAGUUCACGAGUAAAACAGGAGAAGACAUAAGGAUAAGCUCUAGGAAGAACAUGAAUGACCCCGGUGAACCUCUUGGGGUUAUCUUGUGUGCGGUUUCUUCUGUAUGGCUUCCUGUCUCUCGUAAUGUGCUGUUUGAUUUCUUGAGGGAUGAAGCUCGUCGAAGUGAGUGGGAUAUGAUGUCCAGUGGUGGGUCGGUGCAGUCCAUUGCAAAUUUAGCUAGAGGAAAAGACCGAGGCAAUGUUGUAAACGUCCAAAAAAUACAAUCAAAAGAAAACAGUGUGUGGGUACUGCAAGAUAGCUGCACAAGUGCUUUUGAGUCAAUGGUGGCAUAUGCUCCAGUGGACUUUGCUAGUCUCCAGUCUGUGCUGACAGGAUGUGAUUCAAGUAAUCUUCCCAUUUUGCCGUCAGGAUUCUCAAUUCUUCCUGAUGGGAUUGAGGGAAGGCCAUUGGUGAUUAGGUCAAGGCAAGAAGAAAAAGGAACAGAAGAGGGGUCUUUAUUUACAAUGGUAUUCCAGAUGCUUGUCAAUGCUUCUCCUACAGCCAAGUUAACCAUGGAAUCUGUGGAAUCGGCUAAUAAUCUUGUGUCUUGUACAUUAAGAAAUAUUAGAACAUGUUUACAGUGUGAAGAUGGUUAG